GCCAACACUGCAACAUUUGAAAAUACUGACAGCCUCCUGCAAAUCGCAGCAGCCUUUUUGUUGCAUUUAAUUCAAGUAGAAAUUAAACGAAUUUGCGAUUGGAAAAAAUGUACAACGACGAGGUGCGCACGCCGCAAGCCCUCAAAAAUCGAUACUUUACCAAUCUCAGUGGACUGAAAUGCCAGGCGCGCAGAAAUAGCCACACGAACAGCAACAAUUCGACGGCGUCGGCGGCAACGCCAACGAAUGGCGGCAAGGAAAAUGGGAUAUACAGCCCCCAAAUGUCGGGAAUCGUGUGCACUCCACCCCCUAAAAGACUGCACAAGGUGCGCAAUCCGUUUGAAGGAGCGAUGGCGGAUCGUUUGCACCUGCCGCUGAUUGCCAGUCCAUCGCUUUUUCGCGCAAGGACUCCCCAACUUUCGUCCACCCAGUUCGAGUGGAAUAUAGACGAGGUAUCCCAACUGAAACCCGCCGACGUGGAGCCACACGAAACGCAGUUCCACGAUUCCCCCGAUCCCGAGCAGGAAUCCAAGGCUCAGCUGGCCAUCAGCGCCUUUUUCAAGGAAUCCCACAUUGUGCCCAGUCCCGUGGACUGCCCGCUAAGGAAGCAGCGCAUAAUACUAAACCACAAUGAGGAUAAUACUCCCAUUUCGAAUAAGUCCAGGAGGAAGCGGGACUGUGAGACACAGACGGAACUCACUCUUCCCCCGAUACUGCCAAAAGCUCUGGAGGAUGCUCUGCGUCCCUACUUUCAGCCACAUUUGGCCGCCCGUCUCUCUGGCAGAAGGAAAUCCAGUAGUAACGACAUCUUCAACAGUUCCAUGCGCAGGAAACUCUUUGAUAUGCACAACGUCAUUGUUUUGGGCGAGCAGGAUUCCGCUGAUCAGUCCUCGCCGGUGGUGGGCUCUAGUCCGCAGGGCAAGCAGACCAUGUUUGCAGGGCGACUGUCCGAUUCUGCUUCCGGAGAAGGAAGUUUCGGCUGCCUUUCGCCGAUAAGAAACUUGUGCGGUCUGCAACCAGGAACCCCCGAUGAUGGGAAUUGCUCAGGAAAGAGGCAACUGCUCAUGCAGGAGAUGGGAUUGCCAUCGCCUAUCGCUCCGUCCGAGCACCUUAGCCGGAAAAUGGUAUUCUCCAAGGUUGAGGUAAGCGUAACGGAGCAGCAGGACACAUUGUCGGAGCGCACGGCUUUAAAAUUCACACCAGACAGAAGCUCAUCGCCUAUGGGCGCACUGGAGCACUCGGACUGCAGCAUCAAUCAGCGUGUUAGACGGCUGCGGGUGAACAGCACUCGUCAGGUGAUGAUUGACGAAGGGGAUCAGCCUCUAUUCGAGGAAACCGAUGAAGACGACGGAGCUGAGUCUGAGGAGGAGGAGGAGGAGGUCGAAGCCAUGCAGUUGUCAACCCUGAGCUUUAAUUGCAGCUCCUCCAAUUCAGAUACUCCGCGAGGACAUAAAAGACAUCGUUCAGCGCAGCGCAAGAAUCUCUCGCAGUCUUUCAGUGCGAAUUUGGAGGAGGAAGAAGAUCGGGACCAGGAUCCAGGUGCUAAUCAGCAAGCAGACCCACCCUUAAUCAUCGUGCCUCAGCAAGGACCCAGGAUUCCGCUUUAUCGCACGGACAGCGGCUUCAACGAGACGUCCAGCACCUCGAACUUUGCCUGCUCCCAGGAUAUGCCUCUGGAUGCUUCGAUGGCCUGCUGCUCCACGCCUUCUACCCGAUCGUGACGCCUGCUAUUCUGCUAUUCAUGGUUGUAAAUCGUUGGCCACAGUUCUGUAGGCUAUUUUAUGCAAUAACUCCUUUUUCCAGGCUAAUGAAAGGAAGACUCGACUUUUAACUGCAAUGUAAACCCACCGUUUAUUUAUAUUUAAGUCAUAAUUUGUGUGUUCUUAGUAAAAAUUGCCAAAUAGUUAAGUAAGCUGUUCGCUUUGUCAAUAAUAUAUAAAGUGCUUGAAUUUUUUCUGUUAAAGAAAAUCAAUAAUAAAACCUUCGAUGCCAUAUUUAGUUUAAUAAA